CCCACCAUACGAUCAUGCUUUUUUAAUUUUAGUUCCCGCGGUGUAGUAGCGGGUAUUGAUUCUAAUAUUUUUAAUUUGUUCCAAACUUUGAAGAAAGAGUAAGAGAUUCAAAUCUUGGUGGUUACGCGAAAGGUGGGAGGCACCGUCCUUAUCCAAUUGUUCACUUUUCUUCUUCUUUAAUGAUUACAUCGCUCCCUUCAUUCAUCACGAUUUCAAACUCCCAGUCCCAAUCUCUCAAAUCCCAAAUCACCGCCGGCUCGUUUUUCCUACAACCCAUCUACUGCUCUCUACCUCCCCCCUCCAGCUAUCUUGGAACCUUAGAUCUGAAGCAGAUCGGAGCGGACGACGGGUUCGAUUUGCUAAAUUUAGGGAGGGGAAAUGGCUCUACGGAUGGUGUACGGGGUGGUAUUCCUGUCCUUCUCGUGCGCCUGCUUCAUGCUUCUCCAUCUCCUCCUUAUUCCAGUCUUGUACGUCGCUCCCUGACGCAAUCACAGAGAAGACGGCACGAUGGCGAUCGUCGGCCGGAUGAGUACAGUCAGCUUCUUUUGCUAUCGUUUCCUCCGUUUCUCUGUAACAAUUAAUCGGAGAUGGAUUUUUUUAGAUAGUCCAGUUCUCUGCUUUAUCCUCUGUUGUGUUGUUCUCUCUGCUUGGCUUUGGAGGGCUGAGGGGAUUUAUCGAUCUGGUAGUGUUCAAUUUUGUUGUUGGAUUUUGGGCCUUUGCUUGUAUUGUUUGUUUGUACCAAAACAAAGCAUGGUCGUAUGAAAUGGAACAGAUCUGAGUUAUCUACCUCAACCCUUUUGAAAUGGCUAACCCACUACUUGCUGAUCCAUUAGCACAGUGGAUUGACUUGGAAUCCCAAUUGAAAGGCAUAAUUGUUUUCGCCUCUGCAACAGUGAGAUUAGAAGUGACGAACACCCCAUCCAUCAGUCAUCACACCCAGUAAUCAGUGUCCCAAAUUUUCGACAAUUGAUUGAUCGUACUAGUAGCUGCACCGAUGCUUGGAAUGGAUUUGAAUUCUUUUUAGGAUGACUGGCAGUCAAGGGCAGGCAGAGGGAUGAUAUCCUUACUCAAGACGUCAAGUCUUUCGUCCUUCAAAUUUUCAUGCCAUAAUGUCCAUGGUUGAGUUCGCUAAAAAUUAACCUAAACCCAAACACACAGAAAAACAGAUCAAGGCUUUCUCUUGCAACCGGAAAAAAAAAAAAAAAACACCCAAAUCUUUUAAUUUUAGGAGGUGCUAUAUACAAGACCUGGGUCCUCAAUGCUAUCCUCAGGAAUUUAUAGUCACUACUUCCAGAUACAGAAAACACAAAACAAGAUAAUUCGUAUAUAUAGUCAAAAGCUGUUCAAAUUAGACUCUCCAAGGUUUCAUAAUAGGAAUGAUCCAACAAAAGGUAUAAUAUAAAAUUAUGCACGAAGCAGUUUUUUUUGUUAUUGUCAUCUUAAAACCCCACCUCAAGAAACAAAGGAAAAUCCCUUCAACUCGUCUAUUUCCCAGGAGUGGGUUCCCGUUACUAUCUUUGCACGUUUUUUCACGAAGGUGUCUGGAAUGCCUCCUUCUUCCCAUCCGGACAUCUUUCCUUUCUUCCAAUGUUGGUGUAUGGACAUUUAAUCAAAUCACCAUAAACAAAUCAUCAGCGGAGAGGGAAGAAGAAGAAGAGAGUUUGAAAAUGGAGAAUUCGAUGGGAGUUGGUCUGAUGGCUGCCUUUGCAGUCUCAGGAAGCGUUGCUCUGAUUUCUACCCAGCUCCACAAGCGCCUCAUUUCCAAUUUCAUGGACAAGAUCGAAGUUGAACUGGGGGGAAGAAGAAGAAGAAUCCAUCACCAUAAGCAUAAACACCAUCACAAGCAGGGAAAGAAGGUUCGAUUUGCAGAAGAAGUAAUGGAGUUUUCCCCCGUUUCUGGGAAUUAUGAAGAUAGUGAUGAUUAUGACGACGAUGGGGACCUCCUGGGAGCAAUGCCUGUCAACAGGCAGAUGCUUUACAAAGGGAUUAUGGACGAAAGGACCCUUAAGGAGUACCACAUCUCCACUUGUAUCUAAGGAUUGCUAACAGUUGGGGCAACCAAAAGAUUCCAUCUUUGGAACUCGCCCAACAACGUCAGAGAUCUAAUUGCGUCACAAUUAAAGGGGGGAUUUGAUUUUCGGUAGCAGUUGUAAAUAGUCAUUUGGUUGCAAACUUGCAGCUUUGUUAAUAAUUUUUCAUGUGUAAUUUUGUUGUUGAUGGGUCGUCAAAUCUCUUGAUCCCUUAUUCUUUGCAUAGGCUGACACCAUAUAUGUUCUAAUGAGGAAAAAUUUAUGGGGUGGGGUGAUCUCUAAUCUGGUAUGCGCCAACCACAAGAAUUGUAAAGAUUUGGUUCAAUUUCAUUUAUGGAAUUUUGUUUGUUAAAAUGAAACUCAAAAACAGACAGUAAAAUGUAAAAGAAGUAAGGCUAAAUUAAACAAGAGUCUUGAA